CGCCCAACGUUUAAACAGUGUACCACUUAUAGUGAAAAUCUUGCAGCAGUGUCUAUGCAUAAAAAAGAGAUCGAUUUCUGUAAACCAAUUUACAUCGGGUUUGCAGUCCUUGAGCGGAGCAAGACACUCAUGUAUGAUUAUCACUAUAACGUCAUGAAACGUCAUUAUGGUGAUAAGAUAACUCUGCUGUACACCGACACCGAUUCCCUCCUGUAUCGAGUGUUGACGGACGACUUUUACAGCGACUUGGAGGGCAACCCGAACUUAAUGAACCGUACGGAUACCUCUAAUCUGCCGCCGGAUCAUGCGUGUUACACGUCGGCGCGUAAGAGAAUCCCCGGGUUGUUCAAAGACGAAACCGGGGGGCGCACCAUGUAUGAGUUUGUGGCGUUACGUGCUAAAUCUUACGCGUAUGAUAUUGAGCACUCGACCACCAUACGAGCAAAGGGGAUUAGAGGUCAUGUGAUCCGAAAUCACCUAACGUUCGACGAUCACAAGCGGUGUCUGUUUGCCGCCGACAACGACGAUGACGACGAUGACGUCGAAUCCGAUGAACGCGAUGACGAGUUCGACGCACAUAUGGGUAAGCUGAUAGCAUCGUCUUGCGCGCGACAAGUCAUCGCGUGCUUACAUGCAGCAGCAGCAGCAGCAGCAGCAGCAUCGACAACGCCGUCAACAUCUUAUCCGCUCCCACCACCACCACCUCAACCACUAACACAACAGUCUUACGAAUUGUAUACCCCGUAUAGAGAGAACGUGUCGAUCCGAUCGUUUAAACAUCAAAUGAAAACAAUUAAAACAAUGAAAUUAACAUUGAACAGAUCGGAUGACAAACGACACGUUCUACCCGAUCGUGUGCACACACUUGCACACGGUCAUUAUAAAAUUGUAUAAAUUGUUAUUGUUAUUGUUAUUGUUAUUGUUAUUGUUAUUAUUAUUAUAAUUAUUAUUGAUGUGCAUGU